AUGGGCAACCAAUCGAGUCCCGAAAAUAGAACCCUCUCCCCCGAAAAUGAAAAGCCUCUCUUAAAAAUAGCUCAUCGCAAAGUCGACAAAAGGCUUCUAAUAUGGUAUUCCUUUGUCUACCUCAUUAUGCGAAUCCACGUCAGCAAUAUCAGCAACGCAGCCAUCAUCAACCUAGAACAAGGCACUGGUAUCAAGAAGCAGCUGGGCAAUCUCUCCAGCUCACAAUGGGCUUGGGCGCUGAGCAUCUUUUACUACCCCUACAUGUUCUUUGAGCCUCUUGCCACACUCGCGUUGAAAAAGUUUUCGCCUUCGGUGUGGAUGAGUCGGAUUAUGGUUACCUGGGGAAUUAUUUCAAUGUGUCAGGGUGCUACUCAGAGUUAUGCCGGUAUUUUGACUUGUCGGUUCUUCUUAGGGCUAGCUGAGGCUGGUUUCUAUCCUGGUGUUUUGUACCAUCUUAGCUUUUGGUAUCCAACCCAUAGGCUUCCGCUGAGAAUCGGCUUCUUUUACGCUUGCGGCAUGUUUUCUGGAACAAUUAGCGGUCUACUUGCAUACGCGAUUUCUUUCAUGAAUGGAGUCGGGGGUCUGUCCGGCUGGAGAUGGCUAUUCAUUCUUGAAGGGAUUCCCGCCAUCUUUUGCGGCAUCUACACAUUUUUCUUCUUACCAAAUUACCCUGAGACCGUCGACUUCCUCACAGCGUCCGAAAGAGAGGCAGUCCUAUCUGACCUCCCAGAGCAGGCACCGACCAUGAAGUCCAACACAAUUGACCUCCAACAAGUCAAGAGUCUUUUCCGCGAUCCGACCUUUGUCCCAUUCUUAAUGAUUUGGAUUACUCACGGCAUCGGCGGAUGGGGCAUCUCCUUUGUCCUACCGACUGUCAUAUAUGAACUCGGCAUCUCUAACACUGCUAUUUCGCAGGUGAUGACCAUGCCCCCUUUUACGUUGGUCUUCGUUAUAUUAUUGACGUUGGCAUUUUUUGUCCACACGAAGCGACUUAGUCCAUGGGUCGCUGGUUUGGGCCUGGAAGCUGCCCAGAUUGUCUGUUAUGUGCUUCUAAUCACAGUCAAGCAUCCUAUUGCCAAAUACAUAUUCGUCAUGAUUGCCACCGCCGCAUCUCAAAGCUUCUUCGCUAUAAUAUGGCCAGAGCGCAUCAGAGCCGCGAAAGGAACGACGAGUGCGGGCCUUGCCAUUGGUGUGACCAACGCAUCGUGCCAGCUCAUGGGAAUUGUAGGUCCCCAGAUAUAUCAGUCGAGAUUUGGUCCUACGUACCGGGUGAGCUAUUCAUGCUCCAUCGGUCUGCUCUGCGGAACGCUGUUGGCCGUCUCUACUGCGUGGUUUUUCGUAACUAGGCAGGACCGGAAGCAAACCGGCAGCGGACGCGCAGCAGAAGACGACUCACAGGAUGGAGGGCAUGUGAGUGCAAUCGUUACUGACGGCAAGGACUGA